AUGUUCUGCGUUAAAGACUCAUCUGACAUUGAUGCAAGGUCUCACGAACGAGAGGAGACUGAGUGUCCUAUUGAAGAUGAUCAAUCAGAAAUUUUAAGGCUUGAGCAGUUCUUGCCGAAGCUUUCGUCCACCUUUGAGGUCAACGAAGUCGAAAGGUUCACUGCAUGGAUGGGAAAAUUUAGUGCGAUCACAACUAUUGCAACCGGAGCGCCUCCAUCAGAGCUCUUGCCUUACAUUUUAUGGGCAGAAAAAGCCAAAUGGGAACUUUCCACCUGUAUCGAGGCUCUGUUCUCUGUCCAGAGCAUACCAGUGCCCCCUUGGAUAUACAGUAUCUACAAGCUAGGGAGAUACGGGGUCGCAUCAAUAGCGUUGUGUAAGCUUCCAGCAGAGUUCCCCGCCCUCUUUUGCCCGAUGCGAAUUGAACCCAUCGAGCCCAUCUCAAGGCUUGAAUUUUCUAUUGCAGAAGGCGAACGGCCUUUGAGAGAUGUUCUACGGAGAAUCGUUGGAGACCAAGAAGAGGAAUUCGCGAGGAGAUUGGCUACAAUCUGGUGUGUCACAGAUCCAGAGCCGCGCUUUCAGAAGGCCUGUCGUCUUGACCUCGCUGUUCAUGCUGAGAUGCAACUUAUCGGUUUUUACGACCGAAAUCCUGAGCUUGUGCCCUCGUUUCGGUUCAUGGGUGUCAGUAAGAAGAGUUGCUUCUUGUGUCAUAGAUUCCUCCAAGACCAUCCGGUAUCCUUCUCUGUAUCUUUCUGCCACCAGAAGCUGUACUUGGCAUGGAGGUCCCCACCGACAUCUGACGCAAAAGCGUACAGGACAUACAAAAAGAUUGUCACCAAUUUGUGUGUUCAAAUGGAAGCAACAGCCAGACGAGAACUUCAGAGCCGGAUUGGCAGUGCCAGAGCUUUCCAGCUAGAUUCUACCGCCGGAGUAUCCUUGACAGGUCUCGUUGAUUACAGGCCUCUCAGCCCUGCAGAGUCUGUGGACACAUCCGAUGCGCCUUUUCCGCCUGAUCCAUCACCAGAGCCUCCAUUAGAGCCAUCUGAGGACGAUUACAGUGAUGACCAUGCAGGCGUCUCCCUUGAGAUAAACAAAGAGACACCUCCCACAGAAAGUGAGGGAAAACGCCCCGGGGAGACAAUCAUAUCACCUUCACGAGCUUCUCGCGGCGAAUACUCCAUUCCAGAGUUCGUGUUCAAUAUCAGACGUACUGGCGACCCUCAGAGGCGAGAACUUGUGGUCUUGAAAGACAUUCUGGAUACGUCACAGAAGCCUUCCUGGCGAAAGCUGAUUGAGAUCUUGAGCAACGAUGAGCACUUCGGAGUGGGGUUUGUCGAAAGAGAGGAAUUUUUGAUGGUCAAUGAUAACCUAUGGGUUAGAGAUGAGCGCCAGUUCCUUGCGUGUUUGCAAUUCUUGCGCAACUCGGGUUGUCGCAACGUGGGUGUCGUGGAUCAGAGCCUUUGCGCAUUCAUAAAUCCUGAACUCCAAUGCCCUGAUAGCUUGUUCAAUCAGGAGCAUCUUUGUGCAACCAUACUUUACAUGUUCACUAUGAUUUAUUCAAGAAGCUGUGAUUGCUAUGUUACUGGGCAUGCCAAAUUCUAUCCAUGCGUCAUUGAGGGAAAAAAUCUGAUGAAUAGUGACAAGAAAAUACAAAAAGCAACUGACCUCCCCAAGUCUGACGCGCUAGCCAAUUGUGCCAUCGGGGAUUACGUAAUUCAUCGUGCGUUGCCAAUUCGAACGGGUAUUGUGUUAUGGAUCAUGAGUGUGGAGAUGGUGGGCAUUGCGGCAAGGAGGAGGAACCAGGCAAGUCCAAGGCAAGCUGCUCUCUGUUAG